AUGAAACUAAAUAGAAAUUAAUUCUAUGCUUUAAAAAAUAAGGAUUAAAGAUUCGCAGGAGGGCUUAAUAAGUUAGAAAUAUAUAUCUUGUAAGGAAAUCAGAUAAUAUCAUAAAAUAGUAUUGCUUUUACUAAUGUUAGUUAUUUCUAAAGGCUUUCUGAUCAACAUGUACUCGCAAGUAAUAGCUAAUACAUGAGAAUAUACAAUGUCAGUGAUCUUAGCCAACCUUAAUCAUUUGGUUGCAAUUCUUAUUAAACUACUGGUCUAUUUUACGAUGAAGAUAACAAUAUUAUGAUUUCAGCGUGCUCAAAAUUCUUAACAUUAUGGAAUAAGACAAGUAAGAACAUUGCUCAUUAAUACUCUCCCGUUGCAGUAUUUGCAUUAUCUCCUUAAAAUAUUACAAUUAUCUAGCCAUUAACCCCUCUAAAUUAAAUGACUUUUUUGGCCUCUUUAAAUGAUGGCAAUAAACUUACAAUUUACAUACUUCAGUAUAAAGAUAAUAAACUUGAAUAGUUAAAAUAGAUGAAUUUUAGCAAUACAGCAACUUUUAAAUCUUUAGGCUAAGCAGUUGCAGUAAUUGAUUAAGGGACUCUUACUUUUUAUGACUCUACUUUCACAUAUCUUGGAAAUAUUAACUAAAAAUUUCUAGGUUUUGAUUAUCUAAAAUUUUAAAAUUAAUUGAUUCUCUAUGACAACAAAAAUAUAAUUUACACAUUUAGUGCCACAUUUGAUUUUUAAAAAUGCAUUUCACCUUGUUAAACAUGCUUAGAUAAUGACUUUAGCAAAUGCAUGUCUUGUUUCCCUAACACUCUUACUGUCAAUUCAAAUUUUUAAUGUGUUUGUUAAGAUAAUUAAUACAUGGAUACAAAUAAUAAUUGCCUAAAUUGUAACUAAAGCUGUAAAACUUGCUCUGAUUCUACUACCUGUCUAACAUGCUAAUAAGGGAAAGUACUUUAUAAAAAAUCGUGCUAAGAUUAAUGCCCAGAUGGAUAUUUUUAAGAUCUUAACAAUAUAUGUUAGUAAUGCCCAAAUAACUGCUUACUUUGUGACUAAACUGGUAAAUGCUCUAAAUGCUAAAGCAAUUUUUACUUAGAUCCAACUAAAUAAUGCUUAAACUCUUGUCCAGAUUAAUAUUAUCCAGAUAAUAAUAAUAUUUGCUAGUAAUGUCUGCCAAAUUGUUCUAAAUGCACAUCUUCAGCAUAGUGUACAAAAUGUAUAUCAAAUUACAAUCUAUUCUAAAAUUAAUAGUGCUUAGCUACUUGUCCAGAUAAAUAUUAUCCAGAUAAUAAUAAUAUUUGCUAGUAAUGUCUGCCAAAUUGUUCUAAAUGCACAUCUUCAGCAUAAUGUACGAAAUGUAUAUCAAAUUACAAUCUAUUCUAAAAUUAAUAGUGCUUAGUUGCUUGUCCAGAUAAAUAUUAUCCGGAUAAUGAUAAUACUUGCUAAUAAUGCAUGGCUAACUGUUUUCAAUGCAAUUCUUAAACUUAAUGUAGCAAGUGUUAGCCAAAUUAUGUACUUUCUAAAGAUUUUCAGUGCAUACUACCUACUUGUGCAGAUUAAUACUAUAUUGAUAAUAAUAAUAUUUGCUAGCAAUGCCUCUCAAAUUGUUCUUAAUGCUCUUCUUCAACGAAUUGUAACAAGUGUUUGCCCAAUUUUUAUUUAUACUAAAGUUCACAAUGCUUAAAUAGCUGCCCUGAUUAGUAUUAUUCUGAUAAUAACAACAUAUGUUAAGCUUGCUUAUCAAACUGUUCUUAAUGUACCUCUUCAACAUCAUGCAAUAAAUGUUUACCCAAUUUCUAUUUACUUUAAAAUUCUUAGUGUUUAAAUACUUGUCCAGAUUAAUAUUAUUAGGACAAUGUUUAAAAUAAAUGCUAAUAAUGCUCUACAAGCUAUUGUAAAAGCUGUGAUAGCAAUAACAAUUGCUUAUUAUGCUAAAAUAAUUACUUUCUAAAAGGAAAUUAAUGUGUUUUAUCUUGUGGUCCUGGCUAUUAAUAAUAAAAUAGUUUAUGUGUUGCCUGUACAUCUUAAAAUUGCCAAGAAUGUAAAAACUAAAUUGACUAAUGCUCCUCUUGUUUAGUAAAUUUUGAUAUCUUUAAUAACAAGUGCAUCCCAAGUUGUAAUAACAAUUAAAUUAGAGAUUAAAAUGGAAACUGCAUAGAAAAUAUUUCUUUUUAACUGGUUAGUAGAGCUAACAAUUAAAUCUUAGUGAUAUUCAAGAAUAAAUUCAUUCUACAAGAUAUUUAGAAAUCUUUGAAGGUUGAUAUUCCUGACUUACAAAAUAAAUUUGAUUACAAUAUAACAACUUAAGAUGAAUAUUCCUUUAAAAUUACAAUAAGCACAGAUUAAUAAAUAAAUGACACUUUAAAAGUUAUGGUAUCAAUGAAUGAUCAAAUAGGCAAAUAUUAAGAAACAUAGUAAUCAAUUAACAUGAAGAUUUAGGGGCAAGAAAAAGAUAAAAAUCCAUCAAUUACUCAGAGUUUAGAAACAGCUACUUAAGCUGUUUCUACUGCAACAAUUACAGCUAUAUUUCCUUUAAUAUUAUCAGGGAAUUUUUGGAUGAUUUCUUCUAUUUUAGACAUAUCUUAAAUAAUUUACAUGACUUCUUUCAUUGAUUUUAAAACUUCAAAUACAUUAGACACGUUUUUAUCAUCUUAAAAAAACUUUAAAAUACCCUUUCCUAACUUCUUUGAGUAUAUUGAUCACUAUGAAGAAAUUGAAUACGAAACCCCUCAUAAAAUAUCAGAAAAGAAUAUCCAAGGCUUUUAUUUGAGUAAUAUGGAGGUUUUAUCAUGCUUUAAGGAAAUAUAUUUAGAAGUUAGGAAAGUUUAUCUUAAGUUUAAAAGAAUGAAAAAGAAACAGCUUACAAUUGUACCUCAUAGUGAAUAGAAAAUAAAGGAAGAAGAUUAAAACUUAGAAAUAAAAAGAAUUUCAUCUAUGCUUAAAGAUAUUUAGAGUGCUGUUUAACAAGAAAAUGUAUUAAAUGAUUAAUCUCCAACUAAAUUAGAUGAUUAAUCCCCCUCUAAAUCUGAUAGCAGAUAAUUAAUAUCAUUUAUGGCUGAGGUAGACUCUCCUCAAAAAAGGAUUUUAAGAAAGGCUAAAAGAGUGUAAGAGUAAGUCAUUAAAAGUUAAUCUUAUAACAAUUAAAGCUAAAACUGGGGAACCAUCCUUAGAGUUAGUUAAAGCUAGUAUGAAAUAUAAAAUGAGCCAUAAUCUGCUUAAGAAUCUAAACUCAUUCAAACUAACAGAUCUAGUUCUAAUCUAAUCUUAGAAGAUGAUAAAAUUAUCUAUAAUAAUUUUAUCAAUGAACUAGCUAUUUAGAAAAAGUAAACAUUAACAAAAAAUUAAAGUAUUUAAGAAGAAUUAAAUAAUUAUUAACUUGAAUAGCAAUUUCGUAAUUAUAAUUAACAGAGCUGUACCAAUUUAUGA